AUGUCUGUAGAAAUCUGGCCUCCUGUUGCGCCAGACCAGCUUAAAGCCGCCGUCGAGGUAUCCCAGAAACGGGAACUCGACUGGCUCGUCCAAGAGCUGCACGAAACCCUGACCAACCUCAAGCACGGCCUCGAGGACUGCUAUGCGCUCUUGGCGCCCAUCGACCCUGGGAGCACUCUGGUGCUCAGCACGCCCAGGAACGAGAUCGUCAAGGGGCACAUCACGCGCGUGGGGACGCGCAUCGUGAAAGGGACCAUCUACCUCCGCAUGCGCACGCUGCCGCACCAGACCCUGACCAUCAGCCUAGACCACCCCAUCCACCUGUGGCCCCUGACACUGCUGCACACGCUCCUGACGAACUCGAUCGACCUGCUCAAUCUCACACUCUCGUACUCAUACCCCUACCCUUCCUCCGACACGGCAUCAUCCCCUCCUGCCGGCGCCAAGAACAGCAACAACAACGGCCCCGUCUCGUCGCCGCAGUUCCUUGCGGCCCAGUUGCGGCUGCUCUCACAGUCGCUCAGCGAAGCCUCGGCGGUGCUCAAGGGCGCGCCUCUGAUGUCGGCGGACCCGUCGUGGACGACGCGGUCAGUGGCAGCGUCGCACUUUACGCCCCCGCUGCCUUAUCUGCCGCACAUGGCUGAAGUGACUCCGGCGCUGAGCUUCUUCCUGAGCAUCCAGGACAGCUGCCUGGUGCUGUGGCUGCGCAGCCUGGAGCCGGCGGACGCGCCCGUCAACUUUGGCACCAAGCUGGCGCUGGCGAUUGGCACGGCGCGGCGGCUUGAGCACGACGAGUCGGACCGCGUGUUUGGCUUCUGCUGCUGGAGCAGCGGCGGCGAUGGCGAAGGGAGCAAGCACGCCCCCGUCCCAGCCACAGCAACGCAUAGCAGCAGUCCCGACCUCGGCGGUGCCGGCCGGAAGGAGGUGGACGUGUUCGUGCGGGAAAAAGUGCGCGUCGAGAGCGCGGACCCGAGCCUGAUGUCGCUGUCGGCGAAGCUCACGGCGCUAGGGCACACGCUCGGCGUGGCGAGGCGGAACCUCGCCGCCGUCAUGGGCGAGGAGCUGGAGGACUAG